AUGUCUGGCAAGAACGUCAUCAUCAUCGGUUGCGGAAUUGCUGGUCCGGUGCUGUCUAUGCUUUUGCAACACAAGGGAUUCAACCCUCUCAUUUAUGAGCGUCUUCCUGAGAUGUCGCAGGGUGGAAUAGCUAUCGGGCUCUCUCCUCAGACGCUGAAAGUCCUGAACAUCCUCGGUCUUGCCAACGAUCUCAUUACCAUCUCUGCGACGCUUGAAGAGACUUAUGCGUACUCAGAGCUUUCGGGGGAAGAACUUGGUCAUUCGGACGGCGUGGGAAAUAUGCGGGCAGCACUAGGUUGGCCAAUGAUCUGCGUUGCACGUGCCGCCUACAGCGAGUUCCUGUUCAAUGCCAUCACGAAACGUGGGAUCCCGGUACAGUUCAACAAGAAAGCUGUGGACGUCAGUCAGGACGCAGACAAGGUUACCGUCGUCUUCGAAGAUGGAACGAAGGCGGACGGAGAUCUGUUGGUUGGUGCCGACGGUCUGCACAGCACCAUCAGAAACGUGUUGUUUGGUAAGGAUGAAGUGACCUACAUGGGUCUUGUCCAGAUCGGCGGAUUCUCACCUAUCCCCGAGUUCUUCAAAUCCUGGAAACCAACCCUCUUCUCCGGUUACGGAAAUGGCGCGCAUUUCCUCAGCUCGCCCAUCAACGACUCCCAGAUUGGUUGGUCGAUUACUAUUGGUCAGGCGGUGGAGGCGCGAGAAGAUUGGCCCAGGCUGAACCUCGAGGAAACGAAAACAAUGGUCAACGCACUCCCUGUUGCUCAAUGGGGGCAUGGAACCAAGGAUAUCCUUGCUGGCGCAACGUUUGCCACCAAAUUUGGUCUGUACGAGCGGCCCAUCUUACCGGUUUGGCACAAGGGACGUAUCGUGCUCGUCGGAGACGCAGCACAUCCUACCAGCCCCCAUCUUGGACAGGGUUCAAAUCAGGCCCUCGAAGACUGCUACCAUCUGGUGCGCGUACUUCUGAAAGCCGAGCCUUGGACAGAUGCCAGCCUUGAAGCCGCUUUCUCUGAGUACGAGGGUAUUCGCAUUCAUAUUGUGCAGAAGUCUGUGGGUCAGGCAAAGAAGGAGGGCGAGUUGCGAGUCUGGGUGGGAGAGGAAGCGUGUAGGAAGCGCGACGAGAUCGUGAAGCAAGGUGGAGGAUUCAGUCCGGAGAGAGCCAAGCUGCAAAUGGAACUUGUGCAGGGACCGUUCUCUGGAGAAAGCGAGAUUUGA